AUGACAGAAGAAAACGACUCGAAAUCAAGUGUUGAAUUGGCGACAAAACUUGUACAACUCGGAAGCGCUAGGGACAAAACAGAAACGAUAUUACAAGCUGCAAAAGAGAGUGCUAUCAAGAGACAUGUCGAGACAUUGAGAGAGAUAAUAAACGAAGUCAAUAAACUAGUACGAACGAUCGAAGCAGAGAAAAUUACAGCUAAAGAAAACAGCGACGAGAUUGACACAUGGAUCGGUGAAAUAGAGGAGAAAUUAAACGAGGGUGACGAUAAAAUUACUAUUUUAGAACAGUGGUUGGACGAAACGCGAGAGAAACGUGAAUAUAGCGACCAGAAAAAGAAAUUAGACUUUGAAAUGGAACUUCAUGAGGCCAAGAUGAAACUACAAGCUCAGAAAAUAAACAAAGAGUCAUCAAAAGAACCGACGUCAAGUGAGAUUCCUAUUCCAAAUUUGCAAGCCAAACUACCGAAAUUGAAAAUUACAAUAUUUGAUGGAUCGUAUGGAGACUGGCAGAGAUUUUGGGGACAAUUUUCAGAGACUAUUGAUAAAACAAAUGUACCACCAGUAACAAAAUUCACAUAUUUGAGAGAGUUGCUAUGCGACAAAGCAAAACGUGCGGUUGAGGCUCUUCCAUUUACUGCAGAGGGUUACAACAGAUGGUUUCAAUUCUCAAGGAUAGAUUUGGUAAGGAAAGCGAGAUAGUAAAAACAUAUGUCAAGGAGAUUCUCGAACUUCCAUAUACGGCAACAUCAAAUCCUAAAAGGAUACAUGAAUUUUAUGAGAAGUUAUCAUAUUGUGUACAGUCGCUUGAGACAUUGAAAAAAUUGGAAGCUGUGAAUGUAACUGUUGCCAUGACAUUGGACAAAUUGCCAAACAUACGGGGUGAUUUAGUACGGAACGACUCAGACUGGGAGAAAUGGGACUAUAUUCAACUAACCGAAGCAUUACAACAUUGGACUCGGAGGAAUCCAGUCGAAGCACAGAAACCAGAUGAUGGGAGGAAGAAACAAGUCGGCGACAAGGCGGUUAUCAGUUCUCAACGCAACAGAAGUCAUAUCAGAUAAGUAAAAGUUCUCGAAAGUGUGUAUAUUGUAGUUCUGAGAGUCAUAGAUCUGCUGAGUGUGACACAAUUUUGACAUUCGAGGACAGCAAAAGUUUCUAGCUACAAAACACCUGUGCUUUAACUGCACAGGGCCCUCUCAUAGGGCAGCUGAGUGUAAGAGUGUCUCGAAGUGUCGAUUUUGCAAUAAACGUCAUCAUACGUCAAUUUGUGAUGCACCCAAAGCAGACGAGCAUGAGAUAGCGAAAACAGCUCACACCGGGGGGGAUAGUGAAGUUAUUUAUCCAGUGGUGAAGGUUGAAGUAGACGGGAUUAAGACACAUGCACUGCUCGAUACUGGAGAAGGAAGCUCCUAUGCUUCCAGUAGUCUAACCAAUGCAUUGAAGAGAAAACCUAAAGCUGUCAAAACAAAACAAAUUGAAAUCAUGUUAGGAUCCACCACCACCAGAGUAGAAAUUUAUGCAGCCAGCAUAAAAUCCCUAGAUCAGAAAUUUGAGCUUGAAAUUGAAAUGUCAAAAGUUGAUAAACCUGAGCUAAUGAAACUCAACAACCCAAAUUAUGCCCACCUGUUAGAGAGAUACAAACAUUUGAACGGUGCAAAAUUCGAAGAUCCUGACACCCGUACACAAAUACCUGUAUACCUUGUGCUUGGGGCUAGUGAUUAUGCCAAAAUUAAAACCACUACGGCUCAAAAGGUGGGGAAGCCUGUGGCAGAGAGAACCCUCCUUGGUUGGACGGUGAUGUCUCCAGGGAAGGAGGAGGGUCCCAUCCUGUUAACUCAAUCCACUACUAUAGAUUAUGAGCAGUUAUGUGCAUUAGAUGUCCUCGGACUUCCGGACAAAAAUGAAAAUGAUCAGAAAACUGUGUAUGAGGAAUUUGAAGAGCAGCUUAGUAGAGAUCAAGCGGGCUGGUAUGAGACAUCAUUAACAUGGAAAGGGAAUCACCCCCCACUGCCAACUUAUGAGAACAGUAGCAAGCGUCGCCUAGAGCAGUUGCUUAAGAAACUUGAACGGAACGGACAGUACAAACAGUAUAAUGACAUUAUACAACAACAGUUAAAUCAGGGAGUAAUUGAGCUGGCACCUACCACUAAAACAGCAAAAGAAUUUUAUAUUCCCCACAAAGGCAUAGAAAGGAAGCAAGCUGAGACCACUAAGUUGAGAGUGGUGUAUGAUGCGUCUGCGAAAGAGAGCGGAUCCCAACCAUCCCUCAAUGAUUGCCUCCACCCGGGCCCCCCUCUCCAGAACCUGUUAUGGGACGUCCUUGUUAGAUCUAGAUUUCACCCCAUUCUGUUAACAGGCGAUUUGAAACAGGCCUUUUUGCAAAUCAGAAUAAAGGCCGAAGAUCGAGAUUCAUUGCGAUUUCACUGGAAAGAGACUGGGAACGAUGCAAUACAAAUCUACCGGUUUACUCGAGCCCUGUUUGGGCUGACUUGCUCCCCAUUCCUUCUCGGGGGAGUCCUUAAACACCAUCUGGAUGCUUGGGAAGAUCGUUAUCCCGAGAUAGUGAAGCAAUUACGCGAAGGACUGUAUGUUGAUGAUUUGAUUACGGGGGGUACCACAGUCGCAGAAAUACAGACUCAGAAGGAGAAAACUAUCGAAGUUUUCGACGAUGCCACUUUCACAAUACACAAGUGGCACUCAAACGUACCUGAACUCGAGCCAAAGAAUCAAUCGUCAUCAGAGAUAAGUGAACUAACAUAUGCCAAAAGUCAACUUGCAGGGAUCGAACAGCCCGAUGGGAAACUACUUGGUGUGCCCUGGGAUAGGAAGCACGAUACUAUUAGCGUGACCCUCACCACAGACGCUGAACCUGUAACUAAGAGAAGCAUCUUGUCAAAAUUGGCACGAAUCUACGACCUCCUGGGCUUGGCUUCACCAACCACACUGACCGGAACACUUGUUUAUCGGAGUGCGUGUGACAGUAAAAUUCCAAAAUUCCAAGUAACAGGCUCCCAUGAUGAAAUAUGAUCUCCCACACGUACUGCCAUUGAUCUACCUGUCAGGAAGUUCCUUAUAAUGUCAUGAACCUGCCCAGUAAUUCCGUAACUUUCUAA